UCGAAAGGGUAGUUAAGAAGCAAUUCGCUCUCCGUACCAAAAACAUCGCGCACUUUUCAUUUGCGACAAAAGCGGACCGAAUUCAUAAUUUCGCUACAUUUCAUCUGAACAGUAGCGUUUAAAGGCGUCUGAAGUAGGAUGGUGAAGGACCAAUAUAGAGUUGGCGAUAGAUAGGAGGGUCCGCUGCGAAAUUAUUUAUCCCUUGACGGAGGACCGGAGCGGAGGCAUCGCCCGCGCGCGCAGCAUCGGCAGCAUCCGCAGCAUCGCAGCGGCCGCCUCGAGACCGCGCGGCGCGCGUGCAGCAUCGCAGCGUCUGUCCGGCUCAGCACAGCGCGUGCAGCAGCAUCCGUCCCCAAAGCGCCUGCCGAGCCUCGCGAUGCUCGCCGUGCGCCUCCUGCUGCUGCUCGUCCUGCAGGCCCCGUGCCGGGCGGGGGGCGCCCCCGAGGACCCAACGGCCGAGCUCUCCGUGCGGCUGUACCACCAGCUGCAGGCGGGGGGCGCCGAGGACAACAUCGUCUUCUCGCCCCUGAGCGUGGGGCUGGCGCUCGGGCUGGUGGAGCUGGGGGCGCGGGGCUCCUCCCUCGAGGAGAUCCGCCGGGCCGUUGGGUACGGCCACCUGACGGCAGGUGAGGAGUUUUCCUUCCUGCGCAACGCCAGCCGGGAGCUGGAGGCCGACGACGGUCGCUGCGUGGUGCGCGUGGCCAACUCUCUCUUCCUCCAGGUGGGGGUGCACUUCGACCCCGAGUUCCUGCGCCUCGCCAGGAAGUACUUCAAGGCCGACGUGGAGACGGUGGAUUUCGGCGAGUCGGCCGCCACGGCCCAGCGCAUCAACGCCUGGGUGGAGAACCACACGGAGAGUAAAAUCCGCGACCUGCUGUCGGCCGACGACCUGGGCAGCCCGACGCGCCUCGCGCUCGUCAACGCCGUCUACUUCCGCGGCAGCUGGAAGAACCAGUUCCGGCCCGAGAACACGCGCACCUUCUCCUUCAGCCGCGACGAUGGCACCGAAGUGCAGACCCUCAUGAUGUACCAGCAGGGGGACUUUUACUAUGGGGAGUUCAGCGACGGCUCCACGGAGGCGGGGGGUGUGUACCAGGUGCUGGAGAUGCCCUACGAGGGCGAGGAGCUCAGCAUGAUGGUGGUGCUGCCCCGGCAGGAGGUGCCCCUGGCCACGCUGGAGCCCAUCAUCCAGGCGCAGCUCCUUGACGAGUGGGCCUCCAACGUCAAGAAGCAGAAGGUGGAGGUGUACCUGCCCAGGUUCAAGGUGGAGCAGAAGUUGGACCUGAAGGAAUUGCUGCAGAAGCUGGGCAUCAAGGACAUCUUCGGCAAAGACGCAGACCUGUCAGCCAUGACGGGAGAGGAGAAGGAGCUGUUCGUCAGCAAGGCUGUGCAGAAGGCGUACCUGGAGGUGACCGAGGAGGGGGCGGAGGGCGCCGUCGGCUCAGGGAUGAUCGCGCUCACGAGGACCCUGGUGCUGUAUCCCCAGGUGAUGGCGGACCACCCCUUCUUCUUCGUCAUCAGGAGCAGGAAGUCAGGUUCCGUUCUCUUCAUGGGCCGGGUCAUGAACCCAGAGGUCGUCGAGUACAGCGAUCCCGAAUUCGAAGCGGCGUAGCUCCGCCCACCCCAUCCGUCGGAAUGUGACAAACACAUUAGAGACCCCCCACCCCAUCGCUGUCAUUCCCCUUUUCCUUUUAUUACUUUUCGAGGGUGUUUGGCGUCAGCGUUUUAACCGUGGCAAACCGGCGAGAGAGCAACCGGACCGGACGGAGCCGCGGAUUUCAGCGUGGAACGCCUCGCCGCCUCGCCACCUCACCCCCCGAUCCCACCCCACCCCACCCCUCCCCGGGCUCCAACCCCCACGAGGCUCACUGCGGUUCGCGCGCCGCUCCCUCACUGUACCUUCGCUGUCGUGUCUGUAGAGGAGUAGCUGUUCAUUGCAGAAUCGUGUGCUCCCCCCCGACCCCCCCCCCCACCCAGAGGGACGGCUCAGACGCCACUCCGCUACUAACGGGCCUUACAUGAGUUGUUGAUAGUGUACAGGUGGCGAUGCCGGGACGCACGUGGCCCCCGGGAGGUCGGGCCCCCAGUGCAGAAAAAAAAAUCACCAGCUGCAUUCACU